AUGUCCGCACUGGUGAAGCCAGCAGCUUUCCCUGGGUUGUGGCAUGGGCAAUUGCCCAGAUGCACAGCAAGUCAUAGCAUUGAGGGUGUCGUGUGCCCACUGCAGAAAGAGAUUCACUGGAUUAGUCCCCCCAAGUUGCAUGGCUGGGUUGGAGCAGUGGCUGCCGUCGUUUUGUGCACGAGGCAGCGGUGUCGAUUGCAGGCAAGUGCUGCCCUUGGUGAGAAGGAAAUACAGGUCGUUACACCAAAGCCAAGUUCUCCAACGGAAGAUAGAACCGAACCCAAGCCGCAUUUCGACUGGGACAAGCAAUGGUAUCCGAUUUUUCCGACAUCCAUGCUGAAAACGAGUGGCCCGGAGCCUUUCAAGCUGCUGGGCCGUGAUUUGGUGCUUUGGAAAGAUGGCGAUGGAGAGUGGCACUGUGCAGAUGGGAUUUGUCCACACAGACUGGCCCCCUUGGCGCAUGGGCGCGUCACGCCAGACGGUCAACUUAUGUGCCGAUAUCAUGGAUGGACUUUUAAUGGUGAUGGUUCUUGCGUGAAAGUUCCAAUGGCUGCUGGGGAUGCCAGAGCAGAAUCAAAACUGAUUGGUGCAUCUUGUAGCAAACUCAAGUCCUAUCCGACUAAGGUUGUCAAAGGCUUGCUGUUUGUCUGGCCACACAGUGGAAGUGAAGAUGAAGCUGGCAGAAAGAAUCCUUUCGUUGCUGAAGAGCUGGAUGACAGCCCUAACUGGAGUGUGUUCGACGCACCUGCAAGUUGGAGGGUUUGGCUAGAACAAAGCUGGGAUCCUAGUCAUGCGCCGUUCUUGCAUCAAUAUGCUCUUCCGAAUUUCGCCCCUGAACUUGCCGUUGCGAUGGAGCCCUUCGAUGUUGAGGACCUUGGGGACGAUGGGCUUAGUGCCAGCCAUGGAGGCUACAUGCAAAGCAACCAAGGAAUGAAGGCCUUUAGACGCUUUGGUCCGCCAUGUGCGAAUUCCACCAACUAUGUGUACCCCGAUGGCAGAACUAUAGGGUUCAACUUCUAUUUUGUGCCUACAGAACCGGGCAAAGUGAGGCAAAUUACAACCUCUUACUUCGUGCCAGCUCCUACUGACGCAGGAGAAGACAGUGGGCUGCAGGGAAACAUGAUGCAGAUGUCAAAAGUUGUGUUGAGGGGUCGCACUGUUGGUAACAUAGAAGAGAAGCGCGAAGGCAUCGUCACGCGCAUGAGCAAGUCCAUACGAAGGAGAUGGCCACAGUUGGACCGGAUUGAACAAGGUCUAAGAAGUUGGAAGCUGAUGCAAGGCCUCAUUGGUGAUCAGGACAACACUGUCCUCUCGUUCCAAGAUUCCGUGGGAUUGCCAGCAGUUCGCAACAAAUACUUCCGUGAACCCCGGACUUCCGAGAAGUUCGGUGGGCCUCCGAGUGAAUAUCUCCUGGAAACAAGUGCAGAUGAGUUGGUCGCGCGUUUCGAUGCAUGGGUGGCUGCACGUGGAGGGGGCCCAUUUGGAGAGCAUGGGCUCGAGAGCCAUUUUCCUGGUGUCUUUGAUCGUUGGGAAGCGCACACCCGCUUCAGCAAAGACGCACAAGCGGCCUUGGCGUUCCUCUCUGGUGCUGCAGACUGCCUGGAAAGUCGGGUGGUGCCUGCAUGUCUUCUGGUGGCCGGGCUUUGCAUGGCAUGUGGACUUACACGCAUCUCAGGGCUUCCUACCUUAGCCGCAGCUGCUGGUAUCUUUGCCAAGACUCGCUUGCGAAAACAUGCGCAAGGCUUCCUCUCAGGACUUCCGGCUGCUCCCGGACUUCCCCUGCGCAAGCUCUGGGAGUGA